UCUCGCUUUCUGUCCAAAACUCGUUUUAUGCAGCAGCUUCUCUUUCAACACUCUCGCCCGCUUUCCCAACGAACAUGCUCCUCCGCUGACGUCUCCAUCUCACGCGCUUAGAUCUACUCAGAUCACCGUCAACCAAACCUCCGAUUCAUCUUCCCCAACCGCCGCCGUCGUUCCUCGCCGGAAACGGAGGUGAUGAUGAUGGUGAUGCUGUCCUUUUGAGCCACUUAGUUUAAUUUCUUCCGAUCGCGGAGAGCAAGCUCGAUCGAUCAAAUUUAAUCGAUCCGAUUUUCCGGCGAGUUUUUUUUCUCCGGCGGCGAGGAUGACGUCGGGGACGAGACAGCCGACGUGGAAGGAGAGAGAGAACAACAAGAGGAGAGAGAGGAGGAGGAGAGCCAUAGCGGCGAAGAUCUUCGCCGGUUUGAGGAUGUACGGGAACUACAAGCUUCCGAAGCACUGCGACAACAACGAAGUCCUCAAAGCUCUCUGCAACGAAGCCGGUUGGAUCGUUGAACCGGACGGCACCACGUAUCGCAAGGGAUGCAAGCCAGUUGAACGCAUGGACGUGGUAGGUUGUUCUGCAGCGCCAAGCCCAUGUUCAUCUUACCAUCCAAGUCCCUGUGCUUCUUACAACCCAAGUCCAGGCUCUUCUUCCUUCCCUAGCCCUCGCUCAUCGCCUUAUGCUGUAAAUCCUAAUGGGGAUGGCAAUUCCCUCAUUCCAUGGCUCAAAAACCUGUCAUCUGGAUCAUCAUCAGCAUCCUCUUCAAAGCUUCCACAACUAUUUAUUCAUAGUGGAUCUAUCAGUGCUCCUGUAACUCCUCCUCUUAGCUCUCCAACUGCCCGAACGCCCCGAAUGCAAGCUGACUGGGAGGAUCAGUCCACUCGUCCUGGGUGGGGUGGACAGCAGUACCCCUUCCUGCCCUCUUCCACUCCUCCAAGCCCCGGCCGCCAGGUUGUUGACCCAGAUUGGUUUGCUGGGAUUAGGAUGCCCCAUGGGGGUCCAAAUUCUCCAACCUUCAGCCUGGUCUCUUCUAACCCAUUUGGCUUUAAGGACGAGGUUUUCGUCGGCAGUGGUUCCCGCAUGUGGACACCUGGGCAAAGUGGGACAUGUUCUGCAGCUAUAGCUGCUGGCUCUGAUCACACUGCUGACAUUCCAAUGGCCGAAGCGGUUUCAGACGAAUUUGCCUUUGGAAGCAGCACAGCAGGUUUGGUGAAGCCUUGGGAAGGAGAGAGGAUCCAUGAAGAUUGCGGAUCAGAUGAUUUGGAGCUCACUCUUGGGAGUUCAAAGACCAGGUAAAGUGCUGCAUAAAUUGAUAGUCAGUGGUCCCCUCAAUAUGAGAUUUCACUCUUGUUCCAUUCUGUAGAAAGAUUAGAGGAGGAAGUUAAAGUGCAGUUGCUCUUCCAUUUUCUUUUAUUCUUUUUAUUUUCUCUUAGGUCUUAUUUGUUCCCAAGUUAUAUAUACAGCUUUAGUUUUAGAUUUUGGGGUGAUUUUGCAACCCUUUUGUUUGGUCAGUGUAUUGUUAAACCUUUUAAUAUUAUUGGAAAGAUCAAUAUACUUGUAUGGACUAUGGAUUGCUUGAUUUAAUAUUUUGAAAGAAUGAUUACUCGAA